UCACGCGUCAUGACUUCCGUUUCAUGAGUGCGUGCCGCGCGUGUGCCUCAAGCAACUUCCUUUCUGUUUCUUUCUACAGCGUGCUGCAGUCGUCAAAAUGCAGAAGAAACAAAAGGAACCGAUCCACUCCGUGCAGGUCUUCGGACGCAAGAAAAGCGCGACCGCGGUCGCCUACUGUAAACGUGGUCGUGGAAAUCUCCGCGUCAACGGCCGGCCACUAGAACUGGUUGAACCCCGUGUACUGCAGUACAAAUUGCAGGAGCCCAUUCUGCUGCUAGGCAAGGAAAAGUUUUCUGGAGUUGACAUAAGAGUGAGAGUGAGUGGUGGUGGUCAUGUAGCACAAAUCUAUGCUAUUCGACAGGCUAUUUCCAAAGCUCUCGUUGCUUAUUAUCAAAAGUAUGUUGACGAAGCCAGCAAAAAGGAAGUAAAGGACAUUCUUAUCCAAUACGAUCGUACUCUCCUAGUUGCCGAUCCAAGGAGAUGCGAGCCAAAGAAGUUUGGUGGUCCAGGUGCCAGAGCACGAUACCAGAAAUCUUAUCGUUAAUAUCCACAAGAUUUACAUUUUAUUCAUUAUUGAAUAAAAAAAACAUUUAAAAUUUA